CUGUCUCCGUCUCGGUCUCCCGUCUCCCACAGCGCCCGGGCAGCCGCAGCGGGAGGAGCGGAAACUGCCGGGUCUGGGCUUUCUUCGAGACGCCUCCGCCACGAACCGUGCCGCUCUGCCAGCGCAUCCCCGGCCCUGCCCGCCUCAGUCCGGGCCGCUGCCAGCCUCGCUGCCCUCAGGGGGCCUCAGAUCCCCCCAAGCCUAGCCAGUCCGGCCCGGCCCAGACCGGCCCGCGCCUCCAUCCUCGGCCGCCGGGAUCCCACCUGUGCAACCCGCGCCAUGGCGGAGCAGGAGAGCCUCGAGUUCGGCAAGGCGGACUUCGUGCUCAUGGACUCGGUCUCCAUGUCCGAGUUCAUGGCCAACCUCAGGCUCAGGUUUGAAAAAGGACGCAUCUACACAUUUAUUGGAGAAGUCGUCGUUUCUAUGAACCCAUAUAAAUCCUUGAACAUCUAUGGAAGAGACACAAUUGAACAAUAUAAAGGACGUGAGCUCUAUGAAAGGCCGCCUCAUCUCUUUGCCAUUGCUGACGCUGCUUACAAAGCAAUGAAGAGGCGAUCAAAAGACACUUGUAUUGUGAUAUCAGGUGAAAGUGGUGCUGGGAAAACUGAAGCCAGUAAAUAUAUAAUGCAGUAUAUUGCCGCCAUCACGAAUCCCAGCCAGAGAGCAGAGGUUGAAAGGGUGAAGAAUAUGUUACUGAAAUCCAAUUGUGUACUGGAGGCCUUUGGAAAUGCUAAAACCAACCGUAAUGACAACUCCAGCAGGUUUGGAAAGUAUAUGGAUAUCAACUUUGAUUUCAAAGGGGAUCCCAUAGGAGGACACAUAAAUAAUUACUUACUAGAGAAGUCUCGAGUGAUUGUGCAGCAGCCCGGAGAAAGAAGCUUUCAUUCCUUCUACCAGUUGCUUCAAGGGAGUUCUGAGCAGUUGCUGCGUUCUCUACAUCUCCAGAAGGGCCUCUCGUCUUAUAACUAUAUCCGUGGAGGAGCUCAGCUAAAGUCUUCCAUCAAUGAUGCUGCAGAUUUCAAAGGUGUAGCAGAAGCCAUGAAAGUGAUUGGCUUCAAGCCGGAGGAGAUUCAAACCGUUUAUAAAAUUCUGGCUACUAUACUCCAUUUGGGUAAUUUAAAAUUUAUAAUGGAUGGUGAUGUAACUCUGAUUGAAAAUGGCAAAGUUGUCUCCAUCAUCGCUGAAUUGCUCUCUACUAAGUCUGAUAUGGUUGAGAAAGCCCUGCUUUACCGGACCGUGGCGACAGGACGUGAUAUCAUCGACAAGCAGCACACUGAACAGGAAGCCUGCUAUGGCCGAGAUGCCUUUGCAAAGGCAAUGUACGAGCGUCUUUUCUGCUGGAUUGUCACCCGCCUCAAUGAUGUGAUUGAGGUGAAGAACUAUGACACCAUUAUUCACGGGAAAAACACUGUCAUCGGGGUCUUGGACAUCUAUGGUUUUGAGAUCUUUGACAACAACAGUUUUGAGCAGUUUUGCAUCAAUUACUGUAACGAGAAGCUGCAACAGCUCUUCAUUCAGCUGGUUCUGAAGCAAGAGCAGGAGGAAUAUCAGCGAGAAGGGAUUCCUUGGAAGCACAUUGAUUAUUUUAACAAUCAAAUCAUCGUUGAUCUGGUGGAACAGCAGCACAAAGGGAUCAUUGCCGUACUAGACGAUGCCUGUGUAAAUGUGGGCAAAGUGACCGAUGAAAUAUUCCUGGAAGCCCUAAACACAAAACUGAACAAGCAUGCACAUUUCUCCAGCCGCAAGCUCUGUGCCACAGACAAAACCCUAGAGUUUGAUCGAGAUUUUCGAAUUAGACAUUAUGCUGGAGAUGUAGUCUAUUCGGUCAUUGGCUUCAUUGACAAAAACAAAGACACAUUAUUUCAAGAUUUCAAACGCCUCAUGUACAACAGUUCAAAUCCUGUGCUGAAGAACAUGUGGCCUGAAGGCAAAUUGAGCAUUACAGAGGUUACCAAACGACCUUUAACAGCUGCUACCUUGUUUAAGAAUUCCAUGAUUGCCUUAGUAGACAACCUGGCAUCAAAGGAACCAUAUUAUGUACGUUGCAUUAAGCCAAAUGACAAAAAAUCCCCCCAGCUGUUUGAUGAAGAGCGUUGCCGGCAUCAGGUAGAAUAUCUCGGGCUACUGGAAAAUGUGAGAGUGCGGCGGGCAGGAUUUGCUUACCGUCAGACCUACGAGAAGUUUCUUCACAGGUACAAGAUGAUCUCUGAAUUUACCUGGCCCAACCAUGACCUCCCUUCAGACAAACAAGCUGUGAAAAAACUGAUUGAAGGCUGUGGUUUCCAGGAUGACGUGGCUUAUGGAAAGACCAAAAUUUUUAUCCGAACUCCCAGAACACUUUUCACCUUGGAAGAACUCCAUGCUCAGAUGCUUGUAAGGAUUGUCCUCUUUCUGCAAAAGGUGUGGAGGGGCACCAUAGCCCGAAUGAAAUACAAGAGGACAAAGGCUGCUCUGACCAUCAUCAGGUACCAUCGGCGCUACAAGGUCAAGGCGUACAUCCAGGAGGUCCACAAACGCUUGCAGGGGGUCAGGAACAUGAAGGAUUAUGGGAAGCAUGUGAAGUGGCCAACUCCUCCUAAAGUUCUGCACCGUUUUGAAGAGGCCCUCAAGACAAUUUAUCAGAGAUGGAGAGCAGCCCAGCUUAUCCGGAGCAUCCCCCCUGCAGACUUGCCGCAGGUCAGGGCAAAGGUUGCUGCCAUGGAGAUGCUAAAAGGUCACAGAGCUGACCUUGGCCUCCAGAGAGCCUGGGAGGGGAACUACCUGGCAGCAAAGCCAGACACUCCCCAGACCACAGGCACUUUUGUUCCUGUUGCCAAUGAACUAAAGCGGAAGGACAAAUACAUGAACGUUCUGUUUUCCUGCCAUGUGCGUAAGGUAAAUCGAUUUAGUAAAGUGGAAGAUAGAGCAAUUUUUGUUACGGAUCGCCACCUGUACAAGAUGGACCCCACCAAGCAGUAUAAAGUGAUGAAGACAAUUCCCCUCUAUAAUUUGACUGGGUUGAGCGUCUCCAAUGGAAAGGACCAGCUUGUAGUUUUCCAUACAAAAGACAACAAAGACCUCAUUGUCUGCCUUUUCAGCAAACAGCCAACCAAUGAGAAUCGAAUUGGGGAACUUGUUGGGGUUCUGGCAAAUCAUUUCAAGAGCGAGAAGCGCCAUUUACAAGUCACUGUCAACAACCCGGUGCAGUGCAGCCUGCACGGCAAGAAGUGCACGGUCUCCGUGGAAACGCGCAUCAACCAGCCGGAGCCCGACUUCACCAAGAGCCGCUCGGGCUUCACCCUCAGCGUGCCGGGGAACUAGCUGGCCGCCCCCGCCGCCUGGAGAUUUGGACAGGGAGGGAGGGGCGGGGAGGGGGAGCGGCGGGGGCCCCGGGAGCCCCCGUGCCCAGCGCCUGCCUCAGUCUAGCCUGCAAGUUAGGGAGCAGACUCCCAGGAAGCUUUUUGUCCUUGCUAAGCAUAAUAGAGUCCAAUCUAAUCUGCUGAAUCGCCUGCUAAUGUAGCUCAGGCAACCUGACUAGAAAUUAGCUCUGAAUGGGCUUUCGGGGAGGGGGAGCGCUCUAGGGCUGCACUUCCUCUUCCCUCCCCCCCCUCCUCCCGACAACCCAGGACCACUCCUGAGAGGGAACUUUUCUCCUCCUGCCUUUCCCUUAUCCCCAACUUCCCCUUUCCCAAGCUUCUGUCACCCCACUUGAGAAACCAAAGAGCUGGGGGGAGGGGAAGGAGGGGAAAGCUCACCCAAAGCAAAUCGGGGCUAACCCCCAAAGCACAAUGGCGGCUUAGGAGCCACUUAAAGGUGACGGGAGUUCCCUAAGCCUGCCCUUGCAUGGAGACAGAUUGCUGUUUCUAACCGGUGACCCUAGAAAAGGAUGGGCAGAAGGAUUCCCUAAAUCUCAAAAGAUGCUCUUUAGAGAGUCGAUCAAAGAAAUGGAAGCUGUCCCCCUCCCCCCAGCUCAGCCUUGAAACUGAAGGCUGCCCACCUAGCUGGGGCCUCUGAGCCUCCCGUCCCCUGCCAGGAUGUCCAGGUGGCAGGAAUCCCCACCUGGGAGAUGUGGCUCGGGACCCACAGGCUCGAUGGGAAACUGAAAGCCAUACCUGGAGCUUUGCCUCUCACUGGCAAGAAGCAGCUCCAAGCCAUUGUGUUCAGAACCUAAAGCCCCGCUCUGAAUCUUCCCCAGCGCAGACAGGGCCGAGGGCCCACUUUGGAGAUUCUGCACUUUGCAGCACCUGCCCACGAAGCUCACAGCAGGCUGGCUGCCCUCCCCCAGAGGCCUUCUCGCCCACCUGUCCGACAGCACGAGUGGGCGCUGCUAAGAACCAUUCUCUUUCCUUCCCAUGUAACCGUCUCAGCCUUUUCUGGUGCGAGGGUUUCUCCAUCACGUGCCUUUCCUGUAAAACCCUUUUGGUCUGGAGUCCUGAUGAGAGGCGUGAGCUGGGGGGAGCAGAAGGGAUGGGGCUGGGAGCUCUAAUUGGGUUUGGGGCUUAUUUUGAAAUCUCUGAAUGGGGUAGGAGGGAAGUAGCAUUAUGGGAUUAUGGAAAGGGGAGAGAUUAAUAAGUAAUUCAUUAAUAAUUCGAGAUUAGUGAUGGAUCCCGGCACUGCUGGCCAGGCCAGGACUCCCACCCUUCAUGCUGCACAAAGCCUGAUAAUACAAAACCAGGCAAAGAGAGAUUGUCCCAGAGAAAUGCCACCGUUUUGCCAUCCCGUGCCCAGCCACGAGUACGCACCUUUCAGACCCAAGCAGGCGGGACGGCCCUCCAAGGCUCCCAAGUGUCUUAUUUUCUGAAACAACCCUGGGAGUGGCACAAACCUGCCAUCAUUAAACCUGGGACGGGGCUCUCAGAUGCCACCAUACAAGACAGUGCUAAGGGAGGAGGGAUGGCUCAUUAGCAUCCCAAAAAGAAGGAAAAAACAGGAUUCUGCAUCUGGGAACAGGACUAAGUCACCAGGCCCUGGGAGCUUGGAUGAUAGGGAGUGGGGCGGAAAAACAAAGUCUUCUUUCCCCAUUUACCCGGGUUCCUCUAGAUCCUUUCCCCACCCCCAGCAUUCCUUCUGUCCCACAAGUGCCUCUGGGCAGCCCAGCCCCAAUACCUGCUGGCCCCCUGACCCUAAACUCGUCACCCUUGCACGGGAGCAACCCCAGAGGUGACCACCCACAUUUGCACUGCAUGGGAUUCCCCAAUAAGGAAUCCCAUUGGCAUUCUUCUUGUCUUUUUUUUUUUUUAAUUCUUAUUAAAGAAGCCAUAUCAACCAUUAGCAAAUAGAGGCAAACCUCUCACCUCUGCUUUAAUAGCCAGUGCCUGCUAGGCCAAAGUUUAGCAACUCUUAGUGGUGCCAAUUGUAGAAGAGACCAAUGGGAAACUUUCUCUUUUCCAUAUAUUCACCCAAGUAUCUUGCUUUGAAUUACCUAUUUGUUAAAGUGCUCCCCAAAUUUGUUAAAACGAGCCAUCCUCUUCUAGGCCAGUGUGAAGGAGGCCUUUCGGAUUUUUUAUUUUUAAUUCUUCCUGACAAACAAAACAAAGGGAGGCCGGCCCUUCUGCAGAUCCAUUUUGGUUCUGCAGCCCAGCGCCAGAGUCCCCAAUCUGGGACGCAGCAAUCGGGGCUGGAAAGCACCUGGCUUUCAGAUGAGCUCUGGCUUCUGAUGGGGUCACAGGGAACUGUGACCAAAGGGCAAGCUCUGAUCAUGCCUUUGCAUCUGGACAGUGGUGGAGGGAGGAAGAGGAAGGAGAGGAGAGGGAUCUAUAUGGUGAUUGAUUGUAUGUAAUGAAGUGUUUCUCUGAUUAAAUUAAAUGCAGUUGUUUUUUUUUGUUGGUGGUGCAUAUAUUCCUAUUUUCAUUAAAUUAACUUUAUUUCCAAAGCCUAUUUUGAUUCACCACAAAGAGCAAUAAAGCAUUGAAUCUUA